AUGGGUGUUCUACCCUUUGUGGUUCUAUCUGCGGUCUGCUUGCUUAGCACAGGAGCUGCUGAACAUACAGGAAAUUGCUACUAUGAAGGGAGGACAUACAAACAUGGCGACACGGUGACCCAAGACUGCUACAUCUGUGAGUGUGUCAAAGGAGAAAUCAAAGACUGUCUGUUCACUGUGAAUUGCGCUGUUCCAGCAGACAAGAAAGUUACCUUGAAUGAAGAAAGCAUUAAUUAUAAUGAUGAACCAGAUGUCUUUGGAAGCAGCGACCAGGCAGCCCCAAAACGUCUAAAGCGUUCCAAUGACAUGUCUGGGAAAUCAAAUGGCUCUGAUGCAAGUGAAGAGAAGAGGAUUCAAGAUGAGCUUAGAAAGAUAUCAGAGGAAAGGCCAAAGGAGACAAAAGAUAAUGAAAAGUCAUCAUUUGAAGACAUAGACUUGGACAUGGGCAUUGUUACCAUUAAUAGUCCCGACUUUACAAUAGAGCCGAUGAUUAUUCCUCAGACUGCAAGUUUAUUGUUUCAAAGUUAUAAAGCAAGGGUGACAGAAGGAGCGGAGAAGAAACCUGAGCCUACUCAGGAGGUGAAUCCCGCUGAACCAGAGACCCCAGUUCUGCCUGAGGAACCAGUGAUCCCUAAGAAAGAGGAACCUACUCCAGCAGUUCCAUCCGUGGGAGAAUCUUGUACAUUCAACCAUGAUUCUGUGUCUCAUGGAGAUACUGUAAAACUCAACUGCGUUACUUGUACUUGCAAUGAUGGCUCACUGACCUGUGUGAAACAUCUGGACUGCCCAGGUGUCUGUUCAGUGACUGGUUUCCAGAUGAUUCGUACCUUUGAUGGGACAUUGUAUGAAACGCUUGGAGAUUGUAGUUACAUUUUGGCUAAGACUGCAGCCUUCACAAUCAGCUUGAAUAAUAAACCCUGUUCAGAGUUGGGUGGUAACAACUAUAAUAAAGAGGCAGUUUGUAUUGAAUCUGUAGACAUUUACAUCCCAUCGAAAGCCAGCAUAAAACUCCUUAAUGAUGGAAAAAUCUUGUCAGAAGGAAAAACCACAGCUCUCCCUUACUUCCUCAUAGACACUAUUACCGUCAUAAGAAGUUCUUCCACCUUCCUGGAUGUGGUGAGCCCAUUGUUUAACCUGCAGUAUGACCUUACUCUUAACCGCCUAUAUGUUAUCCUUAAUGCCAGCUACAAAAACCAAACCAGUGGCUUGUGUGGAACUUACAAUGACAAUCGUAACGAUGAUUUCAGGAGCUCAAAUGAUAUCACUGAGACUGUAUCCAGCUUCUUCAGCAAAUCCUGGAAGACACAAUCUCAGUGCUCAGAACAUGCAAAUCAAUUGGUAGACAAAGAUAAAAAAGCUAAUGCUAAUUUGAUCUGUUCUGAAGCCUUGGAAAGCUCCAUCUUUGAAGACUGCGUUCUUCUUAUUGACACCCACUCCUACAGGAUCUCUUGUGCCAACACUGUCUACUACAAUGAACAGAUUGGACUUUGUGCAGCUUUAGCAGACUAUGCUUAUCGCUGUGGCCGGGCAGGAAUAUUUGUUCCAGUUAGUUCUUCAUUCUCAGACUGCACUCCGGCUUGUGAAGGGGAUAUGACUUUGAUUACAGAUGAUACCUUCUCACAACAUGAUUGUGCUGAAUUCUCUACUACACACCUUACAAAAAUUACAUCUUCUAUCCCACUGAAUGAAGCUUGUGUCUGUCCUCCUGACCUCUACUAUGAUGCAUCUCUGAAUAGAUGUGUGUUGGGAGAUUCGUGUCCUUGUUACAACAACAACCAUCUGUACAAGUUAGGAGAGACUAUAACCCAGGCCGAUGGACAAACAUGCCCUUGUGAGAGAUUAUUGCAAUGUGGUGACCCAGAAAUUACCCCACCAGAGGUGGAAAAGUGCCCUGAGAAUGAAAUCUAUUCAGAUUGUUUCGCUGGCUUUGGAAAGUCUUGUGAGCCCUCUUGUAGCAACUUGGCUAUAUUCGAAAACGGAUGUAUCCUUGAAUGCGUUCCAGGAUGUGUCUGUAAAUCUGGUCUUCUGAGGAGCAGUGAUGGAAGUUGCAUACCACUAAAUAAAUGCCCUUGUGUCCAUGGAGAUGAGUUGUUUCAACCAGGAGAGACACUGGCCCAGGACUGUAACACUUGCGCAUGUGAAAAUGGAAAGUUCUCAUGUACCAAUAACCAAUGCAACAAAGUGUGUAAUGCUUACGGUGGAUCACAAUUCUUCCUUUUCGACAAUGUCUGGAAAACUUUUACCACAGGAGAAUGUGCAAUUGUGCUAGUUGAGUCUCGUGAAGGUGAAAGCCCAUUCUUCAAGGUUAUAAUGAAGAAUGAUCCAAAUGCAGACAUGAGAGGAGCUCUACUUAAGAAGACUAUCUACAUCACAUUUGAAGGAGCAAGUGUAGUGCUGAGUGAAUUUGACACCACAGUGGCAUAUGAACUAGGCAGUAGGACUCAAUUAAGAACUUACAGAUCUGGAUUCUAUGUGGUGGUCCAUUUCCUGGAGGGUCUUGCUGUGUACUAUGACCAACAUCUAGAUGUUAUUAUUCAACUGGAACAAAAACUACAGGGCAAAGUUCAAGGUAUGUGCGGUGAUGCUGAUGGAACCACCACUACCGAGAUAUCCAUUAGUAAUAUGGCUCAAUAUGCCUCUCAGUUCCUGUAUGGUGAGUGUCCUGAAGUGCCACCUCCUCCUCCUGUUACUGAUAAUCACAAGGCAUUUGUGGAGAAACGAUGCAGCCUUCUUAGGAGUGAUGAAUUUUCUGAAUGUAACACAUUGGUGAAUGUGGAACCUUACUACGUGGCUUGUGUUGAGGAAACGGAGGCCUGCACAGAGGGGGAAAGCUGUCUUUGUUUCUGCACUGCCUUGGCAGCUUAUGCCCGUGCCUGUUGCCGCAAGGGUAUCACCAUUGAAUGGAGAAGUCCUGACACAUGCCCAUCUCCUUGUGAAUAUUACAACAGAGGUGCUGGAGAAGGUCCAUACCGCUUGGUAAUGAUGAACGGCAAAAACUUAGUGGCUGAUAACAAGACAGUGUCACUGGAAGAUGAUACUCCUGGGAACUUGAAGGCUAGCUUCAUGGUCACUCCAAGCCUUUAUGUGGACCAACAUAAGAGUAUGUGAAAAAUGUUUUCACAAAUGGCAUAUGGGAGAAGGUUGAUCUCCUUGGAGUCUGCACAACAUCAGAACUACUUUAUUGUACAGAAUGAUGAUGGAAGUCUAAGCCUGAUGAAGUGGCAACCAAGUGUAGAAUUCCGUAGAAAAGCUACUUUUGUUUUGAGGCCCGGUCGCUGGGUGAAGGGAUUCAAUUCUCUGGAAUCCUAUUUAUCACGAGGACUUUAUCUUUCCAACAGUGGCGAAGGUCUAGUAAUGUCGAAAGUGAAAUCAGCAAAUAUGCUGCAGAUGAGCUUCAAACUUAUCGAGGAAAGCUUUGGCUUGCCAUCUUUCUCUAUAUGUACCUGGAAACACAAAGCAUGUGGAAAUCCAUGUAUUCCAACAUGUCAGGAUCCUCUUGGUACAAAGUGCACAUUGACUCUCAAGGUUGAAGGUUGCUACCCCAUGUGUGCCCCAGGAAUGGUCUUUGAUGAAAUUACUCAUCGUUGUGUACAGUUUGAGGAUUGUGUCACUCCGACUGUUGAGCCCCCUGUGGAGGAGUGCAAAGAUGUCACAUGUAAAGUAAAAGAAUGCAAAGAUGGGCAAUAUCUACAAAAAAUUUCUUCAUCAGACCCCUGCUGUCCAAACUAUGAAUGUUUUGACUUGACAACAACUACCCAAUCGACUACAUCAUAUACUCCAACCCCCAAGCAAUGUGAUCUAGUCACAUUUUCUGUGGACAACUGCGCCCCUGGGGAAAAACUCCUUGUGAAACCAAACCCAGAGAAUCCAGACUGUCCGAUGUAUGAAUGCGAUCAAGAAAGCACUCCAACACCGACGCCAUGUAAAGAUGUCGUCUGUGAGCCACCACCAACAUGUACUAAGAAUGGUGCUAAACUUGUAACAAUCCCAUGGUCUGAUCCCUGCUGUUCACACUAUGAGUGUCAAUGUCAGGAGACCUGCAAUCCUCCUCCUACUUGCAGUGAUUUAAGUCCGCCAGUAAGAAUUGGAGACCCUAACGUUGAGUGCUGCCCAGAGUAUGACUGCCCCACUAAAUCAUCUACCCCAGCUUCAUCUACCCCAGGCAAGUGUGCGGGUGUCACCUGUCCUCCUCUUCCAAUGUGCAAAGAAAAUUACAGAUUGGUGGAAGUGACCUCACAAAAUCCAUGCUGCGAGGAAUAUGAGUGCGAACCUAUCACGAUUUCUACUCCAACCCCCAAGCAAUGUGAUCUAGUCACGUUUUCUGUGGACAACUGCGCCCCUGGGGAAAAACUCCUUGUGAAACCAAACCCAGAGAAUCCAAACUGUCCGAUGUAUGAAUGCGUAUGUGACCCAUGCCCCCCUCCUCCAAAUUGUAAUGGAAAUAAACCAACAAUGUCCAUUGACCCAGAAAAGGAAUGCUGCUUCACCUACACAUGCCCUCCAGAAAGCACUCCACCACCUACGCCAUGUAAAGAUGUCGUCUGUGAGCCACCACCAACAUGUACUAAGAAUGGUGCUAAACUUGUAGAAAUCCCGUGGUCUGAUCCCUGCUGUCAACACUAUGAGUGUCAAUGUCAGGAGACCUGCAAUCCUCCUCCUACUUGCAGUGAUUUAAGUCCGCCAGUAAGAAUUGGAGACCCUAACGUUGAGUGCUGCCCAGAGUAUGACUGCCCCACUAAAUCAUCUACCCCAGCUUCAUCUACCCCAGGCAAGUGUGCGGAUGUCACCUGUCCUCCUCUUCCAAUGUGCAAAGAAAAUUACAGAUUGGUGGAAGUGGAAAAUCCAUGCUGCGAGGAAUAUGAGUGCGAACCUAUCACUAUUUCUACUCCAACCCCCAAGCAAUGUGAUCUAGUCACGUUUUCUGUGGACAACUGCGCCCCUGGGGAAAAACUCCUUGUGAAACCAAACCCAGAGAAUCCAAACUGUCCGAUGUAUGAAUGCGUGUCUAAUGGUACUACUACACCUCCUCCUGUAUGGACCCCAACACCUGGCGUUUGUGACGGCACCAUUUGCCCACCAUUUAGAUGUGAGAAGAAUGGCUCUAGUAAGGUUUUGGAUUCGAUAGUGAAUUGCUGUCCUGAAUACGAUUGUGUAUGUGACCCAUGCCCCCCUCCUCCAAAUUGUAAUGGAAAUAAACCAACAAUGUCCAUUGACCCAGAAAAGGAAUGCUGCUUCACCUACACAUGCCCUCCAGAAAGCACUCCACCACCUACGCCAUGUAAAGAUGUCGUCUGUGAGCCACCACCAAAAUGUACUAUGAAUGGUGCUAAACUUGUAGAAAUCCCAUGGUCUGAUCCCUGCUGUCAACACUUUGAGUGUCAAUGUCAGGAGACCUGCAAUCCUCCUCCUACUUGCAGUGAUUUAAGUCCGCCAGUAAGAAUUGGAGACCCUAACGUUGAGUGCUGCCCAGAGUAUGACUGCCCCACUAAAUCAUCUACCCCAGCUUCAUCUACCCCAGGCAAGUGUGCGGGUGUCACCUGUCCUCCUCUUCCAAUGUGCAAAGAAAAUUACAGAUUGGUGGAAGUGACCUCACAAAAUCCAUGCUGCGAGGAAUAUGAGUGCGAACCUAUCACUAUUUCUACUCCAACCCCCAAGCAAUGUGAUCUAGUCACGUUUUCUGUGGACAACUGCGCCCCUGGGGAAAAACUCCUUGUGAAACCAAACCCAGAGAAUCCAAACUGUCCGAUGUAUGAAUGCGUAUGUGACCCAUGCCCCGCUGCUCCAUAUUGUAAUGGAAAUAAACCAACAAUGUCCAUUGACCCUGAAAAGGAAUGCUGCUUCACAUACACAUGCCCUCCAGAAAGCACUCCACCACCUACGCCAUGUAAAGAUGUCGUCUGUGAGCCACCACCAACAUGUACUAAGAAUGGUGCUAAACUUGUAGAAAUCCCAUGGUCUGAUCCCUGCUGUCAACACUAUGAGUGUCAAUGUCAGGAGACCUGCAAUCCUCCUCCUACUUGCAGUGAUUUAAGUCCGCCAGUAAGAAUUGGAGACCCUAAUGUUGAGUGUUGCCCAGAGUAUUACUGCCCCCCUAAAGCAUCUACCCCAGCUUCAUCUACCCCAGGCAAGUGCGCGGGUGUCACCUGUCCAGCUCUACCAGAGUGUGAAGAAAAUUACAGAUUGGUGGAAGUGACCUCACAAAAUCCAUGCUGCAAGGAAUAUGAGUGCGUUCCUCCUCCUACAACUACGCCAUGUAAAGAUGUCGUCUGUGAGCCACCACCAACAUGUACUAAGAAUGGUGCUAAACUUGUAACAAUCCCGUGGUCUGAUCCCUGCUGUUCACACUAUGAGUGUCAAUGUCAGGAGACCUGCAAUCCUCCUCCUACUUGCAGUGAUUUAAGUCCGCCAGUAAGAAUUGGAGACCCUAAUGUUGAGUGUUGCCCAGAGUAUUACUGCCCCCCUAUAUCAUCUACCCCAGCUUCAUCUACCCCAGGCAAGUGCGCGGGUGUCACCUGUCCAUCUCUACCAAAGUGUGAAGAAAAUUACAGAUUGGUGGAAGUGACCUCACAAAAUCCAUGCUGCAAGGAAUAUGAGUGCGUUCCUCCUCCUACAACUACGCCAUGUAAAGAUGUCGUCUGUGAGCCACCACCAACAUGUACUAAGAAUGGUGCUAAACUUGUAGAAAUCCCAUGGUCUGAUCCCUGCUGUUCACACUAUGAGUGUCAAUGUCAGGAGACCUGCAAUCCUCCUCCUACUUGCAGUGAUUUAAGUCCGCCAGUAAGAAUUGGAGACCCUAAUGUUGAGUGUUGCCCAGAGUAUUACUGCCCCCCUAUAUCAUCUACCCCAGCUUCAUCUACCCCAGGCAAGUGCGCGGGUGUCACCUGUCCAUCUCUACCAAAGUGUGAAGAAAAUUACAGAUUGGUGGAAGUGACCUCACAAAAUCCAUGCUGCAAGGAAUAUGAGUGCGUUCCUCCUCCUACAACUACGCCAUGUAAAGAUGUCGUCUGUGAGCCACCACCAACAUGUACUAAGAAUGGUGCUAAACUUGUAGAAAUCCCAUGGUCUGAUCCCUGCUGUUCACACUAUGAGUGUCAAUGUCAGGAGACCUGCAAUCCUCCUCCUACUUGCAGUGAUUUAAGUCCGCCAGUAAGAAUUGGAGACCCUAAUGUUGAGUGUUGCCCAGAGUAUUACUGCCCCCCUAUAUCAUCUACCCCAGCUUCAUCUACCCCAGGCAAGUGCGCGGGUGUCACCUGUCCAUCUCUACCAAAGUGUGAAGAAAAUUACAGAUUGGUGGAAGUGACCUCACAAAAUCCAUGCUGCAAGGAAUAUGAGUGCGUUCCUCCUCCUACAACUACGCCAUGUAAAGAUGUCCUCUGUGAGCCACCACCAACAUGUACUAAGAAUGGUGCUAAACUUGUAACAAUCCCGUGGUCUGAUCCCUGCUGUUCACACUAUGAGUGUCAAUGUCAGGAGACCUGCAAUCCUCCUCCUACUUGCAGUGAUUUAAGUCCGCCAGUAAGAAUUGGAGACCCUAACGUUGAGUGCUGCCCAGAGUAUGACUGCCCCACUAAAUCAUCUACCCCAGCUUCAUCUACCCCAGGCAAGUGUGUGGAUGUCACCUGUCCUCCUCUUCCAAUGUGCAAAGAAAAUUACAGAUUGGUGGAAGUGGAAAAUCCAUGCUGCGAGGAAUAUGAGUGCGUGCCUAUUACUACAACUCCUUCAACCCCCAAGGAAACUACGCAUACUAUAAUCAUCUCGAGCACAAAACAGAUCUGUGAGGACACAGUCUGCCCACCGAAGGUCUGCAAAGACUAUGAAGAACUGGUUAAACGACCAAAUCCACUUGACCCAUGCUGUCCAAUCAAGACAUGCGAAUGUCCUUGCAAAACUAUACCAACCUGUGCCGCUGAUGAGCAGUUAGUGGCAGUACAGCAGAACAACCAGUGCUGUCCUAAGCUCAAGUGUGAGAAGAAGAAGGAUGAUUGUCGUCCUGUCCCCACCCAAGUUGUUAUAACAUCAGGAAAAUGCAGUGCCAACGUCAUAUUAUAUUCUUGUAGUGGAUAUUGUCACUCCAAAACAGAGUAUACCAGCCUCUGGACCCCAGUUUCCCAAUGCCGCUGCUGUUCUGCAACAGAAACCCGUCCCAUGACUUUUGAGUUGCCAUGCACAGAUAGCACAAAGAUCCGCCAGACAGUGUAUGAACCCACCCAGUGCGGUUGCAACAAAUGCUUUGAUGAUGAACCAAGUGGAUCUGGAAGCGGCAGCGGCAGUGGCAGCGGCAGUGGGGAUGAGACAAGUGGGUUCGGUCUGUGGACACCUUUCGUAAAAAGAAAUUAAAUUUGCAGUUUGUAAUUAUAGCAUUUCAAGUUAAGGAAACCUUGCAAAAACCGCUGCUCUAAUUUCUGCAUCAUUUUGUAAGAGACUUUUUUUCUAAACCUGUAUGGUAUAAAUCAGCCACUUUUACUUACAGUGUAAAAUGCUGUAAAGAUUUCUUACUUCUGUCUCAAAGUUUGUCUCCACAUACGGGCAGAACCAACCAAAUAAACCGUAUGGGUUUGAUGUAGCUCCUCUCAUUAGCAAUAUUUUUGACAUGCUGGUAUGGUGUUACUGCUUGUUGUAUUUCACGCCUAUUUUUUCUUCUUCCAUUAGCUAUCAUGCACCCCAAGGGGUAUUUCACCAUGAUAGUAUCAGCAGAUGCUUCAUGACAGUUUUUAUUUUUUAAAGGGCUUGUAAAAAAUUUGAAAAUCUGGGAAAAGCACCACUCCUGUCAAUAGGUUGUAUGUGGUAUUACAGUUCAGCUUCAUUCAAGUGAAUAUGACUGAGGUGCAAUACUACAACCAACCUAAUUAUAAAUAAAAAAAUUACAGGCUAUGUACUCCUUUGAAGGCAAUUUUUUUUAUGAUCGCAUUUUACUCACUUGGAGCUAAAAAAUCUUUUUUUCAAUUGGUCUAUAAUAGAAAAAUAUUCAGCC